ACUAUAAACAUAAUUAUCAUAACCUUAUCUUAAUUAGAUGGCCGAGCCUAUUCCUCCCGUGGUCGUGGUCGGACCUGAGUACUGCAUAUCGGACCAUUCAAUGGAGCUGGAGAUUGUGAGAAAGGUCCUUGCUUUGACAAAGGGCAACUUCAAGAUCAACGAUGUCAAUGAUAAUGAGUUGUUCAGAAUGGAAGUCCAGUGGUCUCUUCACGACAGUCGGAUCCUUCGAGAUACUGCAGGAAAUCCCAUUAUCACUAUCCGCAAGAAGAUGAGAACUAUACAUUCAAGAUGGGAAGUGUUCAGAGGAGACAGUCACGACAAGAAUGAUCUUUUGUUCACGGCUGUAACGAGCUCAUGUCUGCAGUUCAAGGUAAAGUUGAAUGUGUUCUUAGCAAAAAACGAGAAAGAAGAAGAGCCUGACUUUAGGUUGAAAGGAUGCUUUUUUAAGGAGUCUUGCAUCAUAUACACUGGACAUGACAAAUCCAAAACCAUUAUUGCCCAGGUAAUAGUUAUAAGUAAAAACACUUAUUAUAUCUAUUUUUGA